CCCCAAACCCACACCUGCGGAGCCUUUCUGCAGUGAGCAGCGAAGAGAGGGUGAGAAAAGGGAAGAGAAGGUUAGCCUGUGAGUACAAAUACCGUUUUGGAAUGAGAGGAAGCAAAGAGGCUUUUCUUCUUCCCUCAUUUAUUCCUUUAUAAGUAGGUAUGCAUUUUUGUCUGUAUAUUUAUACAUAAAGAAAGAGCAGAGGACAAAUCAACCCCCAGAUCCGUACAAAUGACAGCUCUUUGGCAUUGCAGUAGAUGGAACACGUCCACCAAACUGAAACUAAUUAUCCCAGAGAUGAAUACCUGAUUCCACUCCUUUAUCCUAUCUUUCCCCCCCGGGGCCUUUCCCUCCUCCCCACCCACCUCCCUCCGGUCGGGCGCAGGGUGACGGCGCAGGGUGACGCUGCACCUGCCUGGGUGUACCUGUCCCAGGCACCUGUACCAGCAGCCAAUCCUGGCUGCACCAAACCUGCGCACCGCGCCGCAUAACCGGCGAUGCCUGUGCACGGCAGGUGCUAGCGGGGAGCAGCGCUCGCAGCUCACUGCCUGCGGAGCCCGGGACGCACGGAGGAUGUCCAAUGAACUGGAUUUUAGAUCUGUGCGUCUGAUGAAGAAUGACACCAUGAACUUCCAGAAAUUCCCCUACACCAAUGAAGAUGAAGCCUGGAAAACUUACCUGGAGAACCCCUUGACUGCAGCCACCAAAGCUAUGAUGAGGGUGAAUGGGGAUGACGACAGCGUGGCUGCUCUGAGCUUCCUCUAUGACUACUACAUGGUCCCAAAGGAGAAGAGGAUCCUUCCAUCUGGUAUGAUGGGACGCAAUGAACUAGGAAAGAGGCACUGCCACGGAAUGGAGUACGACGCGGAGAUCGCAUCCUUUGAUGGCUCAGCCCACCUCAUGAAGCUCUUGUCUGAAAACGUUUCCAUGACCCAAGACUAUUGUGAACCACAGAAGAAGAACGGCCUAAGUCUUGAAGGAGUCCCUCCUCCUCACAAGCCAGCCAUGAUUCCACCAGGCACUAGCAAGCUGGAUGCCGCCCCGGACAACUACUUGGUCCCUCCAGGGGAUGUAUACGACAACAGCUCACUGAACUCCCUGUUCGAGACCAUCCCCAUAGCCCCACCGCAGCAGAGGUGGCAGCCAGACAGCACUUUCAAAGAGGAUCCCCAGGAGUCGCUACUCUUCAGUGAUAUCCUCAAACCUCAGCCAGAGCCCCCCUGCCCUGAGAGUUACACUGCAGAUGGUGUUAAAAGUGACUUUGAAUACACUCUGGGGUCACCCAAAGCCAUUCACAUCAAAUCUGGGGACUCUCCCAUGGCCUACCUCAACAAAGGACAGUUCUACCCCAUCACGCUCCGGACAGCUGGAGACAGCAAAUGUUUACACUUGUCCUCAAAUAAAGUGAAGAGUGUGGUGAUGAUUGUUUUUGACAACGAAAAGAUCCCGACAGAGCAGCUCAAGUUCUGGAAGCACUGGCAUUCCCGACAGCCCACAGCCAAGCAGAGAGUCAUUGACGUCGCUGACUGUAAAGAAAACUUCAACACGGUGCAGAACAUCGAGGAGUUAGCCUACAAUGCACUGUCCUUCGUGUGGAACAUCCACGAGGAAGCAAAGGUGUUUAUUGGGGUGAAUUGCCUGAGCACUGACUUCUCCUCCCAAAAGGGGGUGAAAGGAGUCCCCCUCAACCUCCAAAUAGACACCUACGACUACGGCAAUGGGAGCAGCCAGCUGGUGCACCGCGCCGUCUGCCAGAUCAAGAUAUUCUGUGAUAAGGGAGCAGAGAGGAAAAUGCGGGAUGAUGAAAGGAAACAGUUCAGAAGGAAAGGAAAAUGCCUGGACUCCAAUAACAACGGUCUGAAAGGCUGUUUGCUCUCCGGCUUCAGAGGGAAUGAGAUCACGUUCCUGAGGCCAGAGACUGACCUCGAAACCCAGCCAGUGCUGUUCAUCCCCAACGUCCAUUUCUCAAACCCGCAGAGGUGCGGCACGGUGCUUCCUCCUGCUGUUCCCAACUCCACAAACAGGCUGCCCCUGAAGCGGAGCGGUGCCUCCUUCACAGAAGAGUUUGACCCAGUUCCUCCAAAGCAAACCAAGGAAGAAGAUCCUCAGAGAGUCUUGUUGUACGUGCGGAGGGAGUCAGAGGAGGUGUUUGAUGCUCUCAUGUUGAAGACACCGGAUCUCCAGGGCCUCCGAACAGCUAUUUCAGAAAAAUACGGGCUUCCUGAAGAAAGCAUUUAUAAAGUCUACAAAAAAUGCAAAAGAGGGAUCCUAGUGAACAUGGACAAUAACAUCAUCCAGCACUACAGCAACCACAUGGCCUUUCUGCUGGACAUGGUGGAAGCAGAGAACAAGUUCCAGGUCAUCCUCAAGGAGCUCUGAAGAGCGGCGGGCAGCACUUCCUGGGACUUCUCUCAAACCCGGCGAGUUUGACCCAACAGAACCAGCCCAGGGCCCCCACCCGGGGCCUCUGCUUGAAGCGCAGCCUCUGGGAGGGCAGCGGCUGCUCGGGAGCUGUCACCCUGUGAACACGGAACCUCGCUCUGCCGAGUUCUUCAU